AUGGGUCUCAACUACUAUGCCUCGUCGCCCACCGUCGUCCUGCAACCCCAGCAACCGCAGGGCUACUUCUCACCUCACCAGCGCACCCAUUCGCCGUCAGCCAUGGGUAACUUCCGCCCAAAAUAUCCUACUCCACCAUCGCUCAACUAUCUAGCUGCUGCUUCCAACGCCACAGCUGGGCGCAAACGAUCCAUUGCCGACGUCGACGACCCCGAGGAGAAUCAACCAACUGGAUCUGUCGCUGUUCCUGCCCCCGUCAAGUCUAGAGGCGAGCCAGUCUACGGUCCCGGCAUGACGCUCAUCUACCCAGACGAACCUGGUCAUAGCAUCGCGGCCGAGUCGCAAUCCGGCACAUGGUACGAAGAGAAGAUUGAAACCGAAGAGAAGGCCGCUGCUCGACCCAUCGCCAUCUCACGCAAGUCGCAACGCGUCAGUCCAUCUCGCGACGUCGUCGUCCCUUCACUCAACGACAUGAGCGUACAGAUAAGCGAAGCCAUUAUCGACGACAACGGAAACACCAUCAACACGCUCAUCACUUCGCUUGGCGUGGGCUGGAAAAACGUCAUGACCAAUCCCAAUCUGCGCGACCAAGCCCGCGCUUACGCCAGGUUCAUCGAGCGACACUUUGACUUCACCGACGUGAUUGUCAUGCUCGAGAAGGAGUCGCUUUCUGCUUAUCUUGUCCGGGCAAAGCAACACGGUGUUCAGGGCUACUGGCUAUUCGCAGAUACUCUGAAGUGGUGUCAACUCAUUGGCUGGUCUCUGGAGCGUGCUGUCGCCAAUCUCAUGUCCGGCCCUGUCCCUCACUGCGAGGGCGAGCGCAUCAACGCUCGCGAUGCCUCCCCAUCAGAACCCGUAACACCUCCUCAAGCUGUCAGUGUGCCCGUUGCUGUCGCUGGCGACGCGAUGGAGAUGUGA